AUGCUCACACAAAGCCUUCCGAAUUCUCUCCGAGCCAUCAUGAGGGCCUUGAUUGUCAUCGCCGUUUGCUGUUGCUACGCUCUAGCUGCAGAGUCCGAAAAAAAGGAAGUAAAGCAGGAGAGCAAGAAACAGGAUAAACGUGGUCUGCUAGGUCUGGGCGAUCACGGCGGUGGAUACGAUUUCGGCGGUCACGAUUUCGGCGGUCUGAAUUACGGCGGUCAGAAUUACGGCGGUCAGGAUUACGGCGGGCACGAUCAUCACCACGAAACCGUCAAAACAGUGGUAGUGGAGAAGAAAAUACCAACACCUUACGAGGUCAUCAAGCAUGUGCCCUACACGGUAGAGAAGAAAGUACCUUACGAGGUUAAGGUGCCCGUUCCUCAACCCUACAAUGUCUACAAGAAAGUACCGUAUCCGGUUAAGGAAAUCAUCAACGUACCCGUGGUCGUUCCGCAACCCUACGAGGUUAUCAAGAAGGUACCGUACGAGGUGAAGGUGCCCGUACCGAGACCGUACGAAGUUAAAGUACCAGUACCGCAACCCUACACUGUAGAAAAGAAAAUUCCAGUGCCCGUAAAGGUACCGGUUCCGCAACCUUACACCGUCUACAAGAAGGUACCGUACCCGGUUAAAUACGAAGUGCCCUACCCGCAACCUUACACCGUCGAAAAGAAGGUUCCGUACGAAGUUAAAGUACCAGUCGACAGGCCUUACACCGUACAUGUUCCUAAACCCUACCCCGUUACAGUAGAAAAACACGUACCUUACCCAGUCGAAAAACCAGUUCCUUACGAAGUCAAAGUACCCGUCGACAAACCUUACCCGGUUCAUGUACCGAAACCUGUGCCUGUACACAUCAAAGUACCGGUUCCUCAACCUUACACCGUUGAUAGGAAAGUACCAGUCGAAGUUGAGAAGCCCUACCCAGUACCAGUUAAGGUGCACGUAGAUAAACCUUACCCAGUAAUCAAAGAAGUACCUUACCCAGUAGAGAAAGCGGUUCCAUACCCAGUUAAAGUACCAGUAGCGGUUCCAGUUCACGUUUCUCAUCACCACGAAGAGUCCUACGGAGGAGACGAUUACGGGGGCGGCGAUUACGGUGGACACGGAUACCACUAA